AUGACGGCAGGAAAGACUUGUACAUAUAUCUUUACAGUGGAAUUUCCCUUCUUUCUCGUCCCUGCAGUUAAAGGGUGCAAGGAUCCCGGCAACCCCCAGUUUGGAAAGAGAAAACCCAUUCUGAAGUUCUACUGGCCAGGUGAAACUAUCACCUACACAUGUGAUACAGGAUUCAAGUUCAGAGAAGACUCCUCGCCUAAUAGAGCAAAAUGUGUUAUUAAUAACACAACAGGAGAUGCUGACUGGGACACACGGCAACCAGACUGCGAAGUCGACUACAAUUUCAAGUUCCAAAAGGAACUCCUGAGCGCGGAUGUCUACGUCAAGGAGUUGGCUCCAACAACUAGACUGAAAAUAAAGGCAUAUGUUGUCAACAUCAUCAACCUGGAUGAAAAAUCGGAACAAAUAGUAACAUCGUUUAAGGCUGAAUACACAUGGAGAGACAACCGGUUGCAGUGGGAUCCCGAAGAAUAUGGUCGGUCUUUUGUUCCCCUUGUCCUUGAUGACCAGGUCUGGAAACCAACGUUGACACUGCAGAGAAACGCGGACACGGAUUACAGCGGGGGGUUCCCAAAGACUGAGGUAAGACUGGAUAGUACCGGUGACGUGACCUGGCCGAUCACAUCACUAACAACCACGACGUGUACAUUGGACCCCUUCCUCUUCCCGCACGACAACAUGACGUGUAAGGUGUGCUGGCAAGUCGGAGAAGUUAACACAAUAGAAUGUUCCAAUUCAACAACACGCAGAGACACGAACUUCCUGACCUGCCAAAAUAACGAGGCGGACAUUGUCACCGGAGAGUGGCGAGGAAAAACGACCCUUUCAGCCAUCGACCACACGGCCUGUCUGACUAUGACUCUGAAACGAGACCCCACCUACCACUACUCCACAACCAUCUCUCCCUGCCUCAUCCUCAUCGUCCUCAUGAUCAUCACCUUCAUCAUGCCCAUCGACAAAGGCGACAGGAUUGGCUUCGGCGUCACCAUUCUUCUGUCCAUGGUGGUGUCGCUGGUGGUCGUCACAGGAUUCCUACCUGUGUCAAGUGCGCUGCCAUUCAUCGCUAUGCUGAUCAUUGUGUGCAUGGCUCUGAUGGCACUGUUCAUGCUGACGACCCUUUUCAUCAUCAUCAUACACGACAAGAAGGGACCUGUCCCAAAAUGGGCGCGGACGCUCUUCCUGAAGAACAUAGCAAGGGCCUUAUUAAUGGGAGACUUGACCAAGAAGCUGAAAAGUGAAGAGCCAACAAGACCCAGCACAAGUGACAAAGUAGACGACACCGAAGGAUGCGACAUCCCCUUAUUCAACAUGCACAUCGAUGGCGCAUCAUCCGAAGAUGACAAACCUUCUCUGGACACAAGAAAUGAGGUCGGCACUGCCAUCAUUGGGAGACUGGAUGAGUUGAAGGUCAGUGUUAGGCAAUUGUCCGACGCCCUGACACAGGCGAGCCGUGGUGAUGACGAUGGCGAAGUCGCAGAGUACGCUUUGUUGGCUAACGUCCUCGACAGGUUGAGCCUGAUCCUGUACAUCAUCGCCAUCUGUGUGGCCAUACCGUGUACUCUGCUCAUUGGUCGCCCACGGAUCAUUCCUGACUAAUUACGAAGUUAUGUUUGAUGGCAUGCAUAUUUUGUUUUUACCAUGCGUUGGCCAGAUCUCUAUUGUCAUGAAAACUGACACACAUUUUGUCAUGUUACGUUUUGUUAUGUUAAAUGGAUUUAGCGUUUCUAUUCAAGAUUCAUUCUUUAUCCGGUG